AAAAAAGCGAUGGAAAUUUUGCUUCAAUUUCAACGGAAAUGAGAAACAUUGAUGAUUAUUGCAAGCGAAAGGUGUCCUGCUACGUCGGCACUCGAAAAAACGUCUUGCUACGACGGCACCCGGAAUUCAAGAAAGCUGAUCUCCUUCGCUUUGCCAACGCGUGAAGUUCCGCGCGAACCCGUCGGCUACGUCGGAUGCUGUCGGUUCCCAGACAACACCGGGUACCUGUGGCUGCGUACUACGCCCAGCGUAAGACCGCACUCGCAUAACAGUAGACUUAAAAAGAUCUUUACCAUCACGAUUCGAAAGCUAAAGAACAGCUGGACUGUUAGCAUGAUGAACAGAAAAUAUCCGGGAUACCAAUCGGGAACCUGGUCCGAAGCAAAAUGGGAACAUCGAUUCGUUAGCUUGGCUCAAGCGCGUCAGCAACAACCGAUGCUUACCGAUACAAUCACCACCACAUUGCUGACCAGCUGA